GAAGACUUGAGGGCAAUAAAUGUGCAGACACAAUACAUCAUCCUGAGUUGGAAUCCGCCAAAACAUGGGGACUUUUAUCAGAUACAAAACUACACCAUCGAGCUAAAGACAGAACCCUCGGGUAACUUCACAGUGAUACAGACACUCCCGUACUCUCGGACGAAAACGACGAUGGAGGAUUUGGAACCCUCAACAGAGUACAGUAUUCGAGUGUCAAGCAACAACAAAUAUGGAAGAUCUAAUGGUGUUAUGAUAACACAAAGCACACUACCUGACCGGUUCAUCAGGAAUUUGAUGUUGAUUAUCGUGUUACCGGUGAUCUUAGCUGUUCUGUUUGUCGUGGCAGUUUGCGCAAAAGUCCGGCCAACUCGUAAAUCAAGAUCGGAGAAAUACGAGACUAUGUUUUGGGUGCGUGGAGAUUGGCUUGAACUUCCGAGGUCAGAUAUUACACUUCAAGACAAACUUGGGGAAGGCGCGUUUGGCGAAGCUUAUAAAGGUUUGGUGCGGGUCAAUGGACAAUGGCGACAAUGCGCAGUGAAAAAGCUCAAAGAAAGUGCCACAGAGAUGGAGAAGCGAGACCUUAUGAACGAGCUUCAAAUCAUGGUCACUGUUGGAGAACAUCCUAACGUCAUAAGUCUUAUUGGAGCUUGUACAAGGAGCGGUUCAAUACUAGUUGUGGUGCGUCUGGCGGUGAAUGGUAGCUUACUUCAGUUCUUGACGAAAAACCGAGAAAAUCCUUAUAACAACGUUGAGCAAAAGCAAGUUCCCUUUACACAUAUAGACAGAGUAAAGAUUGCAAGAGACAUUGCCAAUGGGAUGUUACACCUUGCCACCAAAAAGUGUAUUCAUCGCGAUCUUGCAGCUCGGAACAUACUCCUUGGCGAGGACAAUGUUGCCAUGGUUUCUGACUUCGGUUUGUCGCGUGACGUGUACGAAAGUGGUGAAUACGAAAGCACAAGCGGGGGAAUGUUGCCAGUUCGAUGGAUGGCCCUCGAGUCCUUGGAAGAUUAUACAUACAGUGCUAAGACAGACGUAUGGUCAUUUGGUGUUGUGUUAUGGGAGAUAGAAACUCUAGGUAAAAUGCCGUAUUCUGGUCUUGGAGGAAUGGAGGUUGUUGACUUUCUUAAGUCAGGACAUAGACUAAAACAACCAGAUGGAUGCCCAGACAAAAUAUACGAGAUUAUGAUGUCAUGCUGGCGUCCAGACCCCUCAAAACGCCCGUCAUUCAGCGAGCUUGUGACGUCACUGGAGAAGGAGCUGGAAAACACAGGACACUAUAUCAGUAACAAAAACAAUGGAAUGGAAUCUCAAGGAAGCGUAAUCACAACUGAAGAAGACAAUGACCAGAAAGGCAAUGAUUCUUCGGCAAAAUGGCUACUAGCUCGAAAUGACAGUUGAUAGAACCAAACGAACCAACACUUAACGGUUUCUAGUAAUUUCUGAACAUAUAUUGUGUACAGUGGAAUCCGAUUUCUCGAACUAGCUGAUUUUUCAUACCAAUUUUCGUUUCCCCCUUGGACGUCGAAAAAUCGGGAUUUCACUGUAAUAUAAAACUUUACGUUCAAGCUAAAUCUCGCGGACUGAAUUGUCCUUUGAAACUUGAAACUAUCUAUACGCGUAUAUUAGUUCAUUAAACAGCUUUGAGGUUUAAAAGUCGAGUAACAGUGAAUCAUCCUUCUUUUCGUCUUCGCCUGAAUUGAAUUAUCCAGGAAUUAUUUUCCAAAUCGUUCUCCGAAACGUCGGAGAAAUGAGAAAACAUUCUGUAUUUUUUGUUACCUUUAGCUGACUUCACAAAACAUACCUGCAGUACAUUUGACACAGGUAGAAUAUAAUACUCAUCAGACAAAUGGCACUGUUAUAAAGUGUGUUUAAUGAGAUUGCUUGCAAGAUAAAUUAUCAUUACAAAGACUAAAGGCACUAGCGCAUAAAUCUCGUUCCCAGGGUCUCCCUUCUACAAUUAAACGGUUCAAGGGAAGAGAAACCCUGGGAAUGAGGUUGCUAGCGCAUAAGCAUAGGCCUAAGCAACAUUUGUAGAUGCAGUAAGGUGCUGUUAAAAAGCGCCUUUUGUUUGGAAAUUUUGGCAAAGUUCGAAAUUGAAACUUAUACCCGAGCCAAGUCAUCGGUCCUUUCGAAUCGUGUCCGACUUCUCGAGUGAGUGGAAAACCGACCAUUUUCCAAUUCAAAAGAUAGAAUAACUGAUAUCACUAUUUCUCUAUUACGCUCUUUGACCUUACCGUACACAAACUAGCAAUAAGCCAAUCAGAAGCCGUGUCUACUGUCCUGAUAUCAAGUCACUGACAUAAUAUGGCUACGAUAUCAUGGUCACUUAAUUUGCUACUAUAUCAUGGUCGUUUGGUCUCGCCAUGGGUAUUUUGAAUACGAAACAUGGCUCGACCAAACUCGCUUGAUAUGCCGCUAAAGCGCAGUAAAAAGGUAUAAUAAGUUAUAAAUAUGAUAAUGUGGACUAGCUUAACUUUUAUCUUAUUUCGUCGAAUGUGAUGUGCCAGAACGCGAAAAAGAAUCCAAAAACGUUAAACAUGAUUGGUUGUUACACUGCCGUAUUCUCUAUUACUCUGUAGUACUCCAUUUUACAAAUAAAUAACAAGAAAAAUGUAGUGGAAUAAUGAAUACCUUAUGCGAUGAAUUAACCGAUUAUUUGCGCACUUUUCAUUCUUCCUCUUCUUUUUCCUUGCUUCGUAUUACGAAACUUGUAAAAUAUCCGCGCGUAUUAUCUGAAAAGCGACCGAGUAAAUAAGGUGCAUAUCUUGUGCAAUAAUUAAGCCUGGGACGUAUAAACGGGGCGGGGGGAAUGUUAUCCCCUUGUACAGCAAGCUAAAAGCCAUCUACUAACCACAAAAUGAUUUAGAUACGUCUUCUCACAACGAAAACCCAACGGUAUAUAAAGGUUAACAACAUCUGACCGAUUAAAGCGUGAACACAUUCAGCCAUCAAUCGUAUAAAAACGUAACAGAUUCACGCUUCGUUGUGGUGCCCUCAAUAGUUUACAGAUUCCUUUGAGUAUCGCAUGUAACUCCUUUAGUUACAUGCAUACAUAAACUUUAUUAACGUGUCGCAAUUUUGUUAGCCGAGGGGAAACACCCAUCUACUAAUUGGGGACGCUUCAUAUAAUAAAAAACCUACUAACUAUUGUCUAAUAAAUUAUUAAAACGCUUACCAACUAUUAACUAAUGAGAUAAACUAUUAAAAACUUAGCUAAGAAGAAACAGAAGAAGGAAAAAAAAAAACUAACAAUAGGAAGGAAAAAUUCAUUCUGUUAAGAAUUACAAAGAAUGCAAUUUGAGCAAUUGUCGUCUUUACCAACACACUUAAAUCACAUUUAGGAAUACGAUUGUUAAAACUGUACAGUGAUGGCUAAUAAACAGAAUAAAUGAAUAAAGGGUUCCGA